CAUAAAAGAAAAAUGGAUACUAAGGUAAAACCCUAACUACCUUCUCCAACGAGCCAUUUACGUCGCUUCUCGAAGACACAAAACAUAGGGUUUGUUGUGUUGUCGUGAAAUAUGGAGGGUGCUCGACGGCUACAGGGGCAGUCUAUAGGAGUUUUCAAUGAAGGAAUUGGAUUACUCCUUUUUCGUUGGUCGGCUCUUCGAGCUGCUGUCGAGAACGAAUGGGGUGGCCGUGAGUCCCGCGUCAAAGCUGAUCAACUUGUCGCCGAUGUUCUCUCGUGGUUCACUGAAUCCAAAGAGCCACUUUACAUUGAUGACUUAGAAGACAUACUGGAUCAAGGUAUGCUUUCUCUCAAUGUGGAGGUCGAAGAUGGCAGCGUUGAAGAGGUGGCUGAAAAAUUAAUGGUUAUGCAUGAAGAAUUCUUGGAUGGAAAUUUUAGUUCUUUCGAAAAUCUCAGGAAAGCCAAUGUCGAGCAUCGUCCUCACACAACACAGAUUGUAAAUGAUGGUGAAGAUGAUAGUGAGGAAGAUGGUGAUGAUGAAACCAUGAUUGUGGAUGGUAACUCUUCAAGCAAUACAGAGAUUCUCAGAUAUUCAAACAAUAAUUCAGUUAAUGAGCCCCGGACGAAUGUUUCAGGCGAAGUAGAUGAUGGAUGGGUUGUAGUUUCAAACAGAAGAAGUAAGGGUAGAAAAAAUUAGAUAAAAGAAUAUUUAAUUUUUUCUUUUCAAAUUUUGUUUCAAGCAUGGUAGUAGUCCUUGUACUUUUUGAGGUUUUGCAACAUCUUGAGGUGUGUAUUGUGUAUCGGAUUUUUUUUUGUACUCAUUAUUGAAAGUUGCAUCAUAUCUUGCAGUUGGGUGAUCCA